AUGGAUCUUUCUGAGAGGAUUGCCUCGAUGCCACCUGAGAUCAGGCGCAACAUCUGGGCUUAUCUGGCUGCAACGGUCGAAGCACAAUACAUGGAUCCUGACGAGGGUCUGGGCGAGUACCUUGCAAAAUUCAUCGACUCUCCAGCUAUGGCUUACCUCAACAAAUACCGACCUGACGUCUCGCACGAUUACUUGAAGCAUGUACUCUCAGCUCGACACAUCAUGACAGCCGGUCCGGAUUACGGAAACGAAUACUUAGAGCAGCUGUUUCGGGACCAUGAGGUCCUGUUCCAUGUGCGAUUCUGGCAGAAUACCUUUGAAGACUUGCGCCCUGUAAUGGCCGCGUUGAUCGCAUGGAAGAUGUACUGGGAAUCUCGCGGACAGAUAGAUGCUAUGCCCUUGACUGGAUUCAUCAUCAUCGAUGUCGACACCCAGUUUGAUGAAUGUGGCGAGGAUGAGCUUCAAGUCUUCAGAUGUGCAACGAAAGAACUUUGCCAAGUCAUGACUGAGUUUCCACAAGGCCUGUUCUUGGCCGUAUCAUACGUGUUGAGUGAUGAGUUCAGUAAGGUCUACUAUCGACUUGCUGACCAUGGGCAAAUGCGUGUCGAUGGCGACAAGGCUAUUGAAGCGCUCGACAGACAGUUCAAAGCGAAGGUCGCAGCGGACAAAGACCAUGGACUUCUGGACAUAGUCUUUGAUCAAGACGAGGGCGAUGACCAGUUCCAGAGAACACGCCGGGAUGAUGCAUGGGCAGAGACCAUAGAGAGUUUGAAGGGUUACACUGAAUUGAUCUGCGGCGAAGUGGAAAAGUUUCAGGCUGCUAAAAGAGUAUCGUCGAACAAAAAGGACUGA